AUCGACACGACCGACGACGGCGCAGAGCCCGCACGGCGUACGUCCAGGUCAACUGGUUUUAUCGCGUCGUCCGUUGCGUGUUUUUCUUUCUUAAAAAAAAAAAAAAACGUUUUUCCGUUGUUACCUACCGUCGUUAUAACACUUCGCACGACUACCGAACGCAGUGUGGUGCCGCGUGUACAACAGCGUGCAGGUGUUCGUCGAUCGGCUGUUGGUUUGUUUUUUUCAUUUUCGGGCACCGAGCAAUACGCACGACGGACGAUCGCCGCCGGUAAACGAGACAGCAGCGCGUAAUAAUAUUUUAUUAUUAUUAUUAUAUUGUACUGCGGGAGCCCGGUGGUCGUCGGGUUCGGUAAACGGACGUGGUAGUACGAGUGUUUUCUUACUAUAUACCGUGGUCGUUCGUUUUCGUUGCGAUUUAUUUUUCGGCACACCUGUUGCCCCCCCCGCGUCAGUGGUGCGAUAAUCUUAUUUUUCCGUCGGUUUUUCGCGCUAUGCGUUUCGCGACGGUUAUUGCGGACAUCGCGACGACGUCGAUCGAGGCGGCUGCUGCUGUGGCGACGACUGGUCGGUAAACGAGAGCUGUUGUUCCGUGCCGACGACGUUUAUAGUUUUGACAUUGCGGAACCUACCUACGGGGUUACCUACCGCUCGUUUCGUAACGGUCACCGUACGCCGUCGCCAUUCGGUCCAUCGUCGAUAUGCUGUGCGCCGAGGAACUGAUCGGCGGCAUCGACGAGUCGGACGCGUCGGCGUUCAAGUCGCCCAUCCGCAGACUCGGCUCCACCAGGAAGAUACUGUACUUCAACAAUAUUCGCCUCCAGCUUAACGAACAUCUACGAUGUCUAGACAGUCGAGUGGAAGCACAAGUAUCUUUAGUUUCCGAACUUCAAGAUUAUUUCAGAAGACGGGCCGAGGUAGAAAUGGACUACAGCAAAAGCCUGGAUAAGUUAGCUAAAAGUUUACAACUUCGCCACAAAGAACAAAAACAAAAGAGAGAACAGUGGUCGUUGUUUACUAGCUACUCGUGUUGGCAGCAACUGGUGUUGCAAACAAAAAAUCUCAGUAAAGAUCACGGAGCGCUUAGUGAGCUUUAUUCCACUCAUCUAGUCAGCAGAUUGUCUCAGGUCACUGAAGAUGUGCAAAGGAUAUAUAAACGAUGUCGGGAGAUUUGUUACGAAAUCCACGAGGAAAUAUUACGGGUUCUCCACGAACUGCAUACCACCAUGAAAACGUAUCAGUCGUAUCAGACCGAAGCCAAACAGGCAGAAGCGAAGCUUAAAGUGGCCGAAAAUCAAAGACUGAAAAUCGAACAGGCAGUUCCUAAAGAAAAACUAGACAAGUCGAAAAAAGUCAGACUUAUUGGAAAAGAAGUUCAAAAAAGAAAGAACAAAUACUUUGAUGCUAAAUUAAAAGCAUUGAAAGCACGCAACGAGUACAUUCUGUGUCUGGAAGCAACCAACAGUACAGUGCACAAAUACUUUGUCGAUGACUUAUCCGAUCUAAUGGAUUGCAUGGAUUUUGGAUUUCACCACUGCGUGACGAAAGCUUUAAAGAUGCAGACAUCGGCAGAAGAAGGCCGUAUUCAUUCCAUGCAAGCUGGCCUAGACGCUACUAAUCUUAUUGUCUCAGCUAUGGACUCCGGUGUGGACAAACAACGAUUUUUAGAAUUUAACCACACCGCGUUUAUGAUACCUAAGAAAUUUGAAUUUCAAGGACAAAAAGAUGAGUAUGCGGAACCGGAAUUGCAAAAAUUGCUCUGCGCUGAUAUGGAAACGAGGUUGGAGCAGCUGAAUCAAAGAGUUACGAGCCUGCACACGGAGUCCGACGAGGUGUGGAAAACACUGGCUACGGCUGAAAAAACUCUUUUGGAGAUGCUUACUGCGAACGAUUACGACUGUAGCAAUUAUUUCGGCGAAAAGGCAAUUCCGACAAGCAAACCACCAGAAACCAUUAGUAUUAAGCUGCGAGCAGACAAACACGAGACUGAAGAAUUUUAUCUAACCAAAUUACGCGAUUAUCUCAUGAGAACGAGUCGAAUCGUACGUCUAGAUGCCAAACAACAGCACAUAAACGAAACGUUAACAUCCAUAUGUUGCAAGCGUCCCCAAAAUGGCAACGUCGAUUUGACGCCCGCUAAACUGACUCCUCAGCGUCCAUUACACAAACCGAUUGUCCGCAGGAAAAGGAUUGGUAGGUUACAGAUGAACGGCCAACCGAAAUUGUUCGGUGGAUCUCUGGAAGAAUAUUUGGAUGCGACAAACCAAGAGAUACCACUGGUCAUUAAGAGCUGUAUUCGAGUGAUAAACUUAUACGGACUUCACCAUCAAGGGAUCUUUAGAGUGUCUGGCUCGCAAGUGGAAAUUAACAAUUUUAAAGACGCGUUCGAAAGGGGCGAAGAUCCACUUGCUGACAUGACAGACGCUUCUGACAUAAAUUCCGUCGCUGGAGUGUUGAAAUUAUACUUACGUGAACUGCGAGAACCGCUGUUCCCGAUUAUCUAUUUUGAUCAAUUUAUGGAGCUUGCCCAACUCGAGUCACGCCAUAAAUUUGUGUUGAAGAUUAAAGAACUUGUUCAAAGCUUUCCAAAUCAAGUGGUUGUCAUGUUGAGAUAUUUGUUUGCGUUCCUAAACCAUUUGUCCGAGUUCAGCGACGAAAAUAUGAUGGAUGUUUACAAUCUGGCUAUUUGUUUUGGUCCGACAUUAGUGCCGGUUCCCGAAGAAAAAGACCAAGUUCAGUACCAGAACCUGGUCAACGAUCUCAUAAAAAAUAUUAUUCUAUUCCACGAAGACAUAUUCCCGUCGCUGUCGGAUAUUGGCGGGCUCGUGUACGAAAAGUACAUAUCCCGCGAGCCUGAUGACGUGGACGUGGGCGAUUCACCUUCUGACCAUGCCCAAGAGGACAUCGACUCUGAGGUUUACCCAUCAGAAGACGAAUGCGAAAGUCUCGAAGCUACAGCACAGCAUGAUUUUGUUGCUCGUUCAGAACGGGAAUUAAGCUUCAAGAAGGGUGAAACUAUUGCUCUUCAUACACAAGUUUCUGGAGAUUGGUGGCGCGGUUGUGUCAACGGUCGAGAAGGUCUUAUACCUGACAAAUAUAUUCUUCUCAAGAUCAGGGACGAAGAACGCGAGAAACCCGUGGCCGAACCUUGCGCCAAGUCCAUCACGUCCUCGGACGAUUCAACCAGACGACGGACGUCCAGCUCUAACGAUUCGGUGCUGUCCGAGUCCGCGGCCUCCGGUUACUCGUCACCGCCGCUGGCCGACGUGCCGUGGCCACCGAAUUCUACGGGCUCCGGGCCCCCCUCCGCGGGCAGGAACUCAGCGUCGUCAUCGCCACACCGCCGGGCUGUGCCUGACGCGCCCACUCACGAGCGUUGUCGUGAUGACUCAAACACUAACAGGCGUGGGCGGGCGUGUGCGUGUGACGUUUUGCAGAUGGGCAGCACGGACAGCUUGGACUCGGGGAAGGACUCGGCGGUGGACGAACAGUCGCCGCUGCACGACGGCGUGACGAGGACCGCGUACAGGCAUCCGCCGUCGAUCGCGGACGGGCGGCGAAGGCGCGGAGACAAGACGUACUCGACGUCGUCGCCGCCACCGGUAGCCGCCCGCGAACACCACAACCGGUCAAAGUCGGCCGACUGCUGCGGCGUCAGUGCCGCCGGCGGUGACGAAGACGGUUCGCGGGCCAAAACUCACGCGAAGAGCUUGAGCUUGGGCGACGACUCGUUCGACCACAAGAUCCAGCUGUGGCGGAAGCGGGCCGACUCGCAGGGGUCCAUCGACCGGAAGCCGAUGCCCGCCGUCCGACACCAGCUCCAACAACAGCACCACUGCGCCGCCGCCGCGGACAUGAAGGUUCCCGGCGGCGCCCCGGACCUGGUCAUGGACCUUCCGGCCAGGACUUCCGGCGGAGUGUCAGCGCCACAGGACGCGGGCGCCGCGGCGGUCGCCACCCAAGAACCCGACAGCCCGGACAUGGGCACGGCCGCCGAGCGUUUCGCCAAACAGAACCAGUGCACGUUGAAGAAGUACAGCAAACCGGUGCCCGCGGUGCCGCAGCUGGCCAACGGCGGCGACAAGCCCGAACUGCCGCCCAAGUCGACCAAGCCGCCGCUCAAGGCCAAGCCCCAGAUAUUCAAAAAACCCGUCUUUCUCGCCGCCGGCAAGGCCAACGACGGGCAGGCGCCGCCGCACGCUUAGCGCCGUGUCUAAGCGCGUGUAGUGGCCGCUAUAAGUAUAUAUACACCACGGCCUGCGCCUACAACUCACUUCCGGUGUCUCGCGAAUUCCGGGUUUCUGGUUUUCGGGUGCAAAACUUUUUUAACGCGCCUCCAUCCCUGACGGACGCACGACGGCUGACGACGGACAACGAUAAUUAAGUCUAUAUACUUGUAUUUGUAUAUUUUUUUUUUGCAUACCAUUAAUUAUAGGUAGGAGUUUCCCGCUCCCUCUAGUGACUGUUCCCCGAGAUCUUCCUCAGACGUUACGCUACCGACAUUCGUCAACCCACCUGUUUAGCACACCGUAUACUAUACUAGUACUAUUAAUAGUAGGUAGGCAUAUAAUAUAUUAUGUCGUCCAAUCGAAUCCGUUGGUCAAACGUAUUAUAUAUACAGGUACGGCGAUCGUCCUUGUAGUAUCAUCCCUAUAAUAUAAUAGUCACCGCCAUUGAAGCGAACGUUUUUUAUAUCCUGCACUAUGACGUCGUUAUACAUAUACCCAUACGCAUAUAUAAUGAUAUAUAAUAUAUUAUAGUCUUCGAUAAACGGAGUCAUUCCUUUUUUAAACCAUUCUUUUUAAAAUAUAAUAUUAUAUAUAUAUAUAUUAAUUUAAACAUUAUUUUCUAUUGAUAAAUAUUAUAAUAUAUAUAUAUAUACAUACUAUGAUUACAUUAUUACAGAUAAUCAUUACAAGUCUAUGCGUGAAUUGAACUAUAUGUCGUUCGUGUGCGUGUGUGUUUCCUACGUCCCAGAGUGUUUACGAAAACAUAUACAAAUAAUCAUAUUUAUUAAAUCGAACCUGAUCUCAUGUUAUAUUAUAUUAUUAUGAUAAAGUAUACACCAAUUAUUAUUCGAAGUUACUACUACAUAGAUUCUGCGGACGGAGUUUUUAUAUGCGACAACGCGAAGGCCUAAUAUUUUUUAUCGAUUUACGCUCAAGUCGCGUUUGAAUACUAAAUAUAUGUGUAUGUAAAAGUAAUUCAACUAGCGCCUGUUUAGUUUGUCCGGACAUUUUUCUAUCGAGGCCGUGUUGAAUAGCACUCAAUCUGAAACGCUCUCGGCGAGACCUGCCACGGACGUCUGAAUUCCGAGAGGAUCGCACCGCGCCGCUCCCACGUGGACAAUAAAAACGUAAUGAAUUGUCGAGCUCAUUGAAUUGCGUCGAGACUGAAAAUAUUUUCGUGCUUUUACCCUUUUUGCAAGUGGAACGAGACUGAUUGUAUAGUAUUUUAUGAAGAGAUCAUGAUAAUAUAUAGGAUUUGUAGAUUUUGUUUUGUACGCGGAAUUCAAAGGGAAAAAAUGUAAGCCAAACUUUAUAUUUAAGUAAUUUCCAAAUAAAUUGGUACCUGUGUCAAAUUUAAUGUUCCGUUCCGUUUUUAACUGAUCUGAUCGCAAACAAUAUUAUUUACUCAUUGUAAGGUAAACUCUCGCCAGGACACCAACAACAUUACACUGGAAUAAUAAAAUAAUUAUUGCAGAUACUAUAAGUGAGGGCCAUGUUUUGUAGGAAUUAGAAAUAGGUAUAACUUCCCCCAUUCAAAAAAAAAAAAAAAUCCUAUGAGAAGUUAUUUACCAUUAUGAAAUUAUUUCGUUUUAUAUUACACUAUUAACAUAUUAUAUAUACAUAUUAAUUAUUAGCUAUAAAAUAUAAUAAGUAUACACAUUCCCUUCUAAUAAAAUGGCCCUCCUUCAAUUUUUAAUCCUUGUUCCGUGCCAGAAUUUGUUUCCUUUUCGAAAUUUUAUAAUUCGUAAUCAAUUGAAAUAUAUUAUACACCUAUAUAUAUAUAUAUAUACAUGUAUUUGAUAUAAAAUAAUAUGUUAUCUAAGCGUACUUCCCGAAAAGAUUUUGCGUACUUGCAUCAAAAUCGUAUUAUUAUUUAUUUAUUUAUUUAUUUUAAUUUUUAAAACAUUGUUGUAAUAUUAUUUGUAUUAUUAUUAUUAUUAUAUUUUAUGUUGCUAUACUUUGGACGGGUAAAAUAUAUUAUGUUAACGUGUGUGUAACGACUUGUAAUCGCCAAUAUAUUGGCCAACUAAAUUGUAUUUUUCAUUUUGAUAUUGUUUUAAAACCGUUAUUUUAUACGUGAAUUCAUUAUUUUAUGUCGACAGGGUGAUACCAUAAACAUACUCGUCCUCCGCCAAGAUUUGCGAUUAAUGUAAAAUUAUUCUACCCAUAUAAGUAUUUUUUUAAACGAUUAUUAUUGCAUUGUUGAUAUAUUAUGUUACGAUCCGCGUAUAAAAUUCUAAAAAUAAAGAAAAAUUAUUUAUUUUUUACGCUAAAAAAAUAACGUUUGAUAUUGCUUAAAAAUAUCCCCCACAAACAUACAUUAUAUUAUAUACUGAAUAGAUGUACCCGCGUGACGUUUUGUCGAAAUAUAAUAACUAUUUUCGUUCCUAUAUCAUAAUAUUAUGUAACAUAGAUAGGUCCAAUGCCGAUUCGGUUGCCAAACGUUCCCCUAUUUUUGUACGCGCUCCCGAUUUGUGUCUCGUGUACGCGAAAUGUCUUGUUUUUAUUUAUAUAAAAUAUGUACGAUAAUAUAUUCUAGUAUAUACUCUAACUCAUUCUCUAUCCAACUGUCGUUAUACAUCUGUCUCUAUCUGUCUAUCUCCGUACAUGUUUAAUGUAUUUAAUAAAUAACAUUAUAAUAUAUUAAUAAACGUGUGUAUGUGUGCGCCACUUUCCCAGCGUGUUGUAUAUUAUAUUACGUGUUAUUGUUGUCAUCGGGAAAUAAAAUAUAUUAAUCGUGUGACGAGGCGAUGGCGAUGGCCGUAUAUAAACCGGAAAUGCAGUUAAGUCGAAUUGUCGUAUUACAACACGAGUAGCGAAAUAUAUAGAUCGCGUACUUUCGAAUACACCGAUCGCGUUAUAAUAGCUUUUCGUUUAGGAUUAUUGUUCGUGCCGAGUGCUGACCCAAAUAUCGACAUUACGCGUAUUUCAUUCGCUUUAUUGGAGGUGAUAGAUAUUCGUUCGCUAUAAGUUCGCUAUAGUCAAUUUUUCAACUAGUAAUAUUUUUUUUUUAUCAAUAAAUUGAUGAACUAAAACCAUUUACCCAGGUUAAAUUCUUUUCUGAAAAUAAAAAUAUGUUUAUACAAUUUUAUACUUCAUACAUACAUUUCAAAACCAACAAUAUUUAAUCGAUUUUUCAAUGACAUUUUUCUUACUCGAUUGUUGACGAACGUUUCAGCGAUCAAACGGUAGGUAAGUCUUUCCUCUCCGCGUGGACCUGGUUACUGGUUAGAGUAGACAGCUCGUUCUCAUAUCGUAUUAUUUCACGAAAGAAAAACGAGAACAUAUGAAAGUUCGUAUGAAGGGUGAUGAUAAUUAAUGGCGCUGAGAACUUUUCCGAUUUGACGCAACGCCCAUCGGAUUUAUUGGUGCGUAUAUGACCAAAAACGGUAGCCCGAUCGAAGGCCGUGUGUUUCCUGGCUUUUUUUCUUCAAAUUAAAAAAGUCUGUCCACGCUUUUUACGUAUUCUUACCGGGCGCUUUUAUUAUAUUAUUAUACUAUUCUACAUAUAGUGUAAGUAUGGUUUUUUUUUUUUUUAGUGGAAAUCCAUUAAGUCGUUUUUACGUUAUUAUUCAACUUUCAUACAUAUACAAUACCUUCGUGUAAAUAAAUAACGCCGUCGCGCACAAAUAUUCCUACUGCUAUUAUUAUUAUUAUUAUUUUCUACCGUCGUAGGACGACGUCGGCACGUGCGAUACGCGCGUCCUUCCACCGGUCGUCUUUUGAUAAUAAUAACGUCGCGUAGUCACCGGAUUCGAGGGCGCUUAAAACCUUUUCCACACUGUGCGAGCACACAAAACGAGAAACGUAGGUAUUAUUAUUAUUAUUAUUAUUAUUAUUAUAUAAAUGCACGCGUGUUCCGAACGAGGAGGGGUUUGCGCGUGCUUGUGCGUGUACGCAUAUACGACAACGCGAUAUUUUAAUAAAGCGUGUAAUAUUGUGGACUGCGAUAUAUAAUAUAAUAUAUAUAUAAACCGCAGGGUGGCACACAAAUGCACAUUACUCUACUCAUUCAUGAUAUUACAAUAUUACAUGUGUGUAAUAAUAUUAUACUAUACGACGUUAUGAUAAAAGAUUUAACGAAAAUAUUAUGAUUUCCAAUAAUAAAACUCAUUAUUAUUAUUCAA